CUACCCAAUGCAGUUGCAGUAUGUAAUAUGUACUAUGUUCACGGGUUACCAGAGUCCAUAAUAUUACUUAAUAUUGAUUUUUAGUUGACGCGGUUUUUAUUUGACUCAUUACGUGUUAGUUUAGUUAACAUUUAAUUACUAUUAAACACUUCAAAAUGAUCCGUUUCAUUCUAAUACAAAACAGAGCAGGAAAAACGAGACUAGCCAAAUGGUACAUGAACUUUGAUGAUGAUGAGAAACAAAAGCUUAUCGAAGAAGUGCACGCAGUCGUAACAGUCAGAGAUGCUAAACACACAAAUUUUGUAGAAUUCCGAAACUUCAAAAUUAUUUAUAGAAGGUACGCCGGACUAUAUUUUUGCAUCUGCGUGGACGUGGGCGAUAACAAUCUAUGUUAUCUGGAGGCCAUUCAUAAUUUCGUCGAAGUCCUCAACGAAUAUUUCCACAACGUUUGUGAACUAGAUCUGGUUUUCAACUUCUACAAGGUAUACACCGUGGUAGAUGAAAUGUUUUUAGCUGGCGAAAUUCGGGAAACAAGUCAAACUAAAGUUUUAAAACAACUACUUAUGUUGAGUUCAUUAGAAUAAGUUAUUAUAAUAUCUACAAGCAAAUAUUUUACUUUACCAAUACACUUAAUACUAUUUAUAAUUUAUUACU